AUGGGGCGGCGGAAGGGGCGGCCGGGGGAUGUGGCGGCGCCCAAUGGGCUGCGUGGAGCGUCACUUCCCGGCGGCGGGAGGCGAGUGGCGAGUGGCGAGUGUCGGGCCGGCUGGCGGGGGCGGGGCGGCCGAGGAGGCGUUGGCAGCGGGCUCGGACCCACGCGGCGCUGCGGCCCGCCUGGCCUGCAACGCUCCCACCGGCUCGGCGGCACGAUGCCCUUUGACUUCAGGAGGUUUGACAUUUAUAGGAAGGUGCCCAAGGACCUCACGCAGCCGACAUACACCGGUGCCAUUAUCUCCAUCUGCUGCUGCCUCUUCAUCCUCUUCCUCUUCCUGUCAGAGCUCACCGGAUUCAUCACAACAGAAGUGGUGAAUGAGCUCUACGUCGAUGACCCAGACAAGGACAGCGGAGGCAAAAUUGAUGUCAGUCUCAACAUCAGUUUACCCAAUUUGCACUGUGAAUUGGUCGGGCUUGACAUCCAAGAUGAGAUGGGCAGACACGAAGUGGGCCACAUCGACAAUUCCAUGAAAAUCCCGCUGAAUAAUGGAGCUGGCUGCCGCUUCGAGGGCCAGUUCAGCAUCAACAAGGUUCCCGGCAACUUCCAUGUGUCCACACAUAGUGCUACAGCGCAGCCACAGAACCCGGACAUGACACAUACCAUCCAUAAACUCUCCUUUGGGGAUACACUACAGGUCCAGAAUGUUCAUGGGGCUUUCAAUGCUCUUGGGGGAGCAGACAGACUCACCUCCAACCCCCUGGCCUCCCAUGACUACAUCUUGAAGAUUGUGCCCACAGUGUAUGAGGACAAGAGCGGCAAGCAGCGUUACUCCUACCAGUACACCGUGGCCAACAAGGAGUAUGUUGCCUAUAGCCACACGGGGCGUAUUAUCCCUGCCAUCUGGUUCCGCUACGACCUCAGCCCCAUCACAGUCAAGUACACAGAGAGAAGACAACCCCUGUACAGGUUCAUCACCACAAUCUGUGCCAUCAUCGGUGGAACCUUCACUGUCGCCGGCAUUCUAGACUCCUGUAUCUUCACAGCCUCAGAAGCGUGGAAGAAGAUCCAGCUGGGCAAAAUUCACUGACAUCCUUGCCAGCCCAGUGGCUGAGGACCAGGAACCCUGCUCGCCCUGCCUCUGGCAUCCUAUCUCCUUCUGCCUUCUCUGGCCCAGUGUGUGUGGGAGGAGGGUGAUGGUUAUGGGUGGCACCAGGUUCCACAGCUACCUCUCUCCCUAUGUUUUAGAUAAAUUAACACUGCCUGGAGUCAUGUCUCUCUUUCCCUGCAGAGCCCCAAGACCAGGGUCAGGCAUGGGGAGGUACUCCAGGGAUGCUGGUGACCUCUCUGGGAAGGCUGUAGUCUAUUCUCUGGUAGGGAAUAACCUAGAGUACAAACAGAUAAGCUUUCAGACAGGCUUUGACAAUCUUUAAGCCCCCAUCAUUUGGAGAUGCUAAUCGCUUGAUUUGUCCCCACCCCCACCCCCAGCAGCCAACCUGCGCUCUCAGCCUUGGGACCAGACUGCCCAAAGGUAUUGCUGCUUGGCGCUCUCAGUAAGGAACGGUACUUGGCAGGGACACCCAUAGGCAAGGCACUGUAGCUGUAACUUGCUUCUGCCUCAUUGCUUCAUGCCUGACCUAGAGCCUGGGGCUUAUCUCCUACCCCAGCCCUGCCUCAUUCUUUGGAGCAGAUGCCAGAUUGCUUGACAGAAUGGUGGAAACUCAGAUUUGCCCACCAAUCCUGAGGCUGCUCCCAGGUGCCCCAUCCUCUCUCAUCUCUGCUUUUCUGAACCCCCACCAAUGUGCCUCAGCUGCUGUGCUAUGCGGCAAUAGCAUUUCUUGGUGAAGGGGCUGGUUCCCAUUGCAAAGCCCCCCCCCCCCAACAGUUACAUUCUGCAGUGCCAAGGGAUAGGGCCAUGUGACUGGAAGGUCCUCCUUGGAAGACUACAUAAGGCACAGUUUGUACACUUCUGUCCAAACCAGAAGCACCCUUCCCCAUGAACCACAAAUGAUCAUGCCUGACAUCCACCUUUGGUCCCAAGGCCUUAGCUGGGGAAAUGAAGCAGGCUUCUUCUCUUUCCAUCCCUACCUUGCAGGAUCCCAAAAGAUGCCCAUCAUCUGGACCCACUUGCUAUUGAGAUCCCCUGGUAGCUGCGCACAUGCCAUCUCAUUCUUAGCCCCAGGGGGCUCCAGUAUCUCCCUCACUUCCUCCUGAGUUAGAUCUCUUUUUUGUUCCCCUCAUCCUUCCCUUUUUUUUUCCUAAGGGGAAGGGCAGUGGUCUAGGUAUGAAUUCCAUGCAGAGAAUUUUAGCUAUGCUCUCAAGUCUAGAGAGAGCCACAGGCCCGGGCUUCAUUUAUAUUGAGAUUGUUUGCAUACUUUUGUAAUGAAGGGGAAUCUGCAGUAGGAAGGUUUGGGGAUUUUUUUUUUUGUUUUUGUUUGUUUUUGUUUUUGUUUUUCUUAAAUAAUCUCUUAUGGGUAGCUGGAUUCUCUGCCAUUUGUAAUUUUUUCUCUGAUUCCAAUGAGCAAAACUUCCCUUUUUAUAUGAGUUGAUUCUUACUGUAUAUGUAAACUGCCCCUGGCCAAUUGGCUAGAUUUCUUAUCUUCUUUUAAACAUUCUGUUCCACAGUUUAAGAAACCAGUCCCUUUGGUGUGUGAAUCUAUCACCUGUGGAGAGUUGGGCAGGGGGGGGAUGGGACAGGAACUAUGUGGCAUGCAUAUGAGCUGAAAUCCCUCUUUUGUGAGGACACGGGAUGCCAGUUUCCCAUGGAAGAGACGCCUCUGGCCUGUUGUUCUUGUAAAGGUAUUCUCAAGGGGACAUAUGUUUUGAGUCUUUCCCACUCACUGGGUUCAAUUAGAUAUUAAAAGGCUGCUUUUCAGAAA